AUGGAUCCUGUUGUGGUCCUGGGGUUCUGCCUCUUCAGUUUACUUGUCCUUUUACUCUGGAAACAGAGCUAUGGGAAAGGGAAGCUCCCACCUGGCCCCACUCCUCUCCCAAUUAUUGGAAAUAUUCUACAGAUAGAUAUGAAGAAUAUCAGCAAAUCCUUCAUCAAUUUCUCAAAAGCCUAUGGGCCUGUGUUCACUCUGUAUUUUGGCAUGAAGCCCACAGUGGUGUUGCAUGGGUAUGAAGCAGUGAAGGAAGCUCUGGUUGAUCAGGGAGAGGAGUUUUCUGAAAGAGGCAAUCACCCAUUGAUUGAGAAAGUUCAUAAAGGAUCUGGGAUCAUUUUCGGCCAAGGAAAAACAUGGAAGUCUCUCCGCCGCUUUGGCCUCAUGACCCUGAGAAAUUUCGGGAUGGGGAAGAAGAGUAUUGAGGACCGAAUUCAGGAGGAAGCCCAGUACUUAGUGGAGAAUUUGGAAAAAACCAAUGCCUCACCCUAUGAUCCAAACUUCAUCCUGAAAUGUGCUACCUGCAACGUGAUCUGCUCCAUAGUUUUCAAGAAUCGUUUUGAAUAUUCAGAUCCGGAUUUUCUUCACUUGAUGGAAAUAUUCGAUGAAAAUACGAGAAUUGUAAGCUCCCCAUGGGUCCAGUUCUGCAAUACUUUCCCUGUGCUCCUUGAUUAUAUACCAGGAAGUCACAACAAUUAUUUUAAAAAUAAUGUUAUUCUGAGAAGUUUUAUUUUGGAGAAAAUAAGAGAACACCAAGCAUCUUUGGAUAUUAACAAUCCUCGAGACUUUAUUGAUUGUUUCCUGAUCAAAAUGGAGCAGGAAAAGCAUUAUCAGGAUUCUGAAUUUGUUAUUGAAAACUUGAUAGUCGCUUCAUUAGAUCUGUUUGGAGCUGGGACAGAGACAACAAGCACCACCCUGAGAUACGGCCUUCUACUUCUGAUGAAGCACCCCGAGAUCACAGGUAUGACCACAGAUGGUGGGCAGGGUGAAACGCGAAAGCAAGUUAACAAUGUUGAUGUAGCCAGUCUCUAA